GGUGUCUGUAACAUUUUCCCCAGCUGUGAGGCGAUGCGACUGUGGGCGCAAGCCUUGCUCGCUUUGCAGCUGGCCCUCUUUCGCAACAGUGUGACGCAUGGGGCAGUCGCAGUAAGGCAAGAUCCGGUCCGUACCGCAUAAGGAUAAAGGCUCUAGGGAACUGCCCCAGAAAUGAAGUGAGCGACCAGAUAUCGCCCUCCGACUUUCAAAUGGACUCAAUACUCAGACACAACCAUUCUCGCAAGAUUCCAGUCCUGGAGUUUAAUUCCACCUUUCACAAUGGGAUGUUCCUGCGCGGGGAGUCCAAGAUCACGGUCGACUGCGCCAAGUGGGACCCCGUGUCCGGGUGGCGAGAGCACUUCCUCGUACUUCCCCUCGGAGAACUCUGCUUCGUGUUCGAUGAGAUUUUAGCCGACAUCAUUCACGACAUAUCUUCCAACGGUCAGAUCCCCACCAAGUGCCCCAUCGCUGAUGGCGUGUAUAAGGGAGGCACCACGCCGGCCGAGCUCCUCCCCAUGCGCCACUUCCCGCUGCUGCCGUACGGGCGCUACAAGGCCAUUGCUCGGUUCCUGCACAACAAGCCGCGUGCGCCUACCGGCAUCCGAGGCUGUGUCCGCGCCGUGGUGGACGUAGUGUCUGUGUAAACCCAUUUCACUCGUGAAAGACGUGACAAAAGAGAAGUUAUCAAAACGUGCGGACGGGCGGCGUGCCCGGGUCGGCCGAUUGCUCUCCAUGCCAGGGCGCUGGCAAUGGAGUCAU